GGGGGAGGUCCUUGCUUGAUUACCACUUGAUCGUAAGAAAACCCAUCGAUGAACCCCACACCUGUUCAUGACGCCGGUCGAGGCCGCUACUGCCAUGUGGCUGAGUGCUCCCGCUACGCCAAAGAGUUCAGUGUGUGUCUCCAUCACUCUCGGCUCCUCCAAGCCACUCCCUUUGACGCCACCCAUGCUCCAUUGUUGCCGAUCAACCACCAUCACCUCGAGACUGGAUUUUCGCCACUUUCGACGGCUAGUCGGCAACAACACAUGGGCCAUACGUGCCGCAGUAUUGGGCUACAAUGCCGAUUCCCCCAGUGCACCUCCUACGCUCGAAACCGCGGCUUCUGCACUCGCCACGGCGGGGGUCGCAAGUGUCGGAUUGCUGAUUGUUGGACCCCGUCCCAAACAGGAGGACUGUGUCGAAUUCACGGCGGCGGCUCUCGGUGCAAAGUGACAUUCUGCAGCAACUUUUCGCGGACCCGGGGGCUUUGCUCCAAGCACCUCAAAGAAAGUAGCAACCCUCACAACAACACGUUCGCCGAUCACACUGACGUGUUCGAACUAUGACGACCAAAGUGACCUAUUGAUUGCCGUUUUGAUAUUGUGUUGUACACUUUGCGCAUUGCGGAGGUGGGAUGACCUCUAGGAGGGGGAACGUCGUGAUGCGUCACAGAAAUGAUAACGUUAGCGGUAUUCCCUCGCUGACGGGGGAUUUGGUUCGACAGUUGUUGAUAGUACAUCGGUAAAGUUAAUCUUACUCAAGCUACCA